AGAUACUACAGAUUGGAGAAAGAUCAGGAAGAAUGUUCAUGCUAGCUAUCUACUUGAGCAUGGGCUGAAAUAACUGGAAUUAAGAUGGCAAGUUUCAUAACUGAUUUGGCGAAGACAUAUGUGGAGAAAUUGAUAAAUGGGGCGAUCACAGAAUCAAGUUAUAUAUGUUGCUACACGUGCAUUGCUAAGGAUUUCGAAUAAGGAAAAGCUAGGUUGGAAGUAGAAAAGACAACUUUCAAGCAGUGUGUUGACGUGGCAACCAGAAGAGGAGAAGUUGUUCAAGGUAAUGCUCUUUUUUGGGAAGAAGAAGCUGAAAAGCUCAUUCAAGAAGACACCAAAACAAAACAAAAAUGCCUUUUUGGAUUUUUCCCCCAUUGCAUAUGGAGAUAUAGAAGGGGAAAGGAUCUUGCAAAUAAGACGGGGCAAAUUAAAAAGCUGAUUGAAACUAGAAAGGAACUUGCAAUUGGACUCCCUGCUCGUCUUCCAGAUGUCGAGCGUUAUUCAUCUUCUCACUAUAUUUCUUUUGAAAGUAGGGAAUCCAAAUACAAAGAGCUUUUAGAUGCUCUGAAAGAUUGCAACAAUUAUAUAACCGGGUUGCAAGGGAUGGGGGGCACAGGAAAAACUACAUUGGCCAAAGAAGUGGGUAAGGAACUUAAGAAAUCCAAACAAUUUACCCACGUCAUUGAUACGACAGUGUCGUUUUCUCCUGAUAUUAAAAAGAUUCAAGAUGAUAUUGCUGGAUCCUUGGGAUUGAAUUUUUUUGACUGUAGUGAAUCAGACCGACCCAAAAAACUAUGGAGUAGAUUAACCAAUGGCGAGAAGAUCCUUCUAAUAUUGGAUGAUGUGUGGUGGGGAGAUAUCAAUUUUGAUGAAAUAGGGAUUCCACAUAGUGAUAAUCACAAAGGCUGUAGAAUUCUUAUAACCACACGCAAUGUUUCGGUGUGCAACAAAUUAGAAUGCAGUAGGACAGUUCAACUAGAGCUCUUAUCUGAAAAGGACGCAUGGACCAUGUUCAAAAGACAUGCUGGUCUAAGUGAAAUUUCAAAUAAAUAUUUGCUCAACAAGGGCCGUAAAAUUGCAAAUGAGUGCAAAGGAUUACCAAUUGCCAUUGCUGUUAUUGCCAGUAGUUUGAAGGGUGAACAACGUCUUGAAGAGUGGGAUGGCGCCUUAAACUCCUUGCAGAAACAUAUGUCCAUGUAUGGUGUUGAUGAUCAACUGGUGAAAAUUCAUAAAUGCUUGAAGUUUAGCUAUGAUAAUAUGAAAAAUGACUUUGCCAAGAGACUAUUCCUCUUGUGUUCUGUAUUUCGAGAAGAUGAAGUAAUCCCUAUUGAAAGAUUAAUUAGACUUGGCAUUGGAGCAGGCCUUUUUGGCGAAAAUUAUGGUAGUUAUGAAGAUGCUCGAACUGAAGUAGUUCAAUCAACAAAUAAACUCCUAGAUUCUUGUUUAUUGUUGCAGGCCAAUAAAAAUAGUGUGAAAAUGCACGACUUGGUUCGUGACGCAGCCCAGCGAAUAUCUAACAAAGAGGUUCAAACAAUAAAGUUGGAUGAUAAAAAUCAAAACGCAAUGGUUGAAAGGGAGAAGAAUAUCAAAUAUUUGCUAUGCGAAGGCAAGCUAAAUGAUGUGUUUUCCUAUAAGCUUGAUGGUUCCAGGCUUGAGAUUCUAAUUGUCGUCGUGUAUAAGGAUGAAGACUACCAUGAUGUGAAAAUCAAUGUCCUUGAUUCAUUUUUUGAAAAUAAUAACGGCCUUCGAGUUUUUCAUUUAUUCUACAAUUAUCCUUCUUAUUAUCUAGGUUUCUCAUUACCUCAAUCAAUUCAGUCUUUGAAGAAUAUUCGAUCUCUUCUCUUUAUGUAUAUCGAUUUGGGUGAUAUCUCUAUUUUGGGAAAUUUGCAAAGUCUUGAGACACUUGAGUUGGAUCAAUGUAUAAUUAAUGAAUUGCCACAUGGAAUCACAAAUCUAGAGAAACUCAGAUUGUUGCAAUUGGAUUUGUGUGGAAUUUUAAGGAACAAUCCAUUUGAGGUGAUUAAAGGAUGCUCAUCCCUUGAAGAAUUAUAUUUCACAUGUAGUUUUAAUGCUUUUUGUCGAGAAAUUUCUUUUCCAAAUGAAUUGCGAAGGUUUUGUAUCAGUGACGUAUGGAGAAAAUUGAUCGAUUCAUCAUCAAAUUGUGUGUCUUUUGUAGACAAGAUUGACAUUUUCCUAUCUGAAACAACACUCAAGUACUGUAUGCAAGAAGCAGAGGUUCUUAGACUAACAAGAAUGGAGGGGGGAUGGAGAAACAUCAUACCUGAGAUUGUUCCUAUGGAUCAUGGUAUGAAUGAUCUAGUCGAGCUUAAUUUGAUAUCCAUUUCACAGUUGCACUGCCUCAUUGACACUCAGCAUACUGAUUCUCAAUUUCCAAAUGUCUUCUCCAAGUUGGUUGUACUAGAUCUUUGGAACCUAGAAAAUUUGGAAGAAUUGUUCAAUGGUCCUGUUUCCUUUGACUCUCUAAACAAUUUAGAGAAGUUGUCCAUCAAGAACUGUGAACAUUUGCAGAGCUUAUUUAAGUGCAAGCUAAACCUCUGCAAUUUGAAGAGUGUGACAUUGGAGGGAUGCCCAUUGUUGACCUCCCUAUUUCAACCGUCAACUGCUCGUUGCUUAGUGUUGUUGGAGGUUUUGGAGAUAUUGGAAUGUGAGUGUCUUGUAAACAUAAUAAAGGAUGAAAGAAAAGAGGAGGAAUUAAGCAGCGUAAUAGUUGACGAUAGUAUUGAUAGAAAGAGUCAUGGCUCAAUGUUGCCAAAACUCAAAGUUCUUACAAUUGAGAACUGUCCAGAACUUGAAUUUAUAUUUUCGUUUCCCUCGGCUCAUGAUCUUCCAGCAGUACAAUCCAUCAGAAUAAGAAGUUGUGAUAAGCUUAAAUACAUAUUUGGCAAAAAUGUCCCACUUGGUUCCCUUGAAACAAUGAAGCUUGAUGGCAUACCAAAUUUGAUUGAUAUUUUCCCAGAAUGUAACCAUACCAUGUCUACGUCCAUUAAGGGACCAUCUUAUACUUCUGGAGAUGCCUCCAAGCCACAAGCAGAAUCAGGCCCAAUGAAAUGCAACAUCUUUUCACAGACUGAUAUAUAUUGUUGUGGUAAAAAAUUUGGGAACAAAUUGAGGAGUACCACAAGUACUAACAUCCCAUUCGUUUCUCAGGAUCAACGGCAGGACAACUUAAUGGAAUCAAAUUCCUAUUGCCUUAACAUAUGGGAACGUGCUCAAUGUCUUUCAAGACAAUCACAUAUCCUGUACAAUAUUAAAGAGAUUAGGCUGGGAUAUAUUUCAAAGAUGAAAUCUGUAUUUAUCCUAUCUACUGCUCCAAGAAUGUUGUUGGAGACUUUAUGUAUUAGCAACUGUGAUGAAUUGAAGCACAUAAUAGUAGACACAGGAGAAAAUGACAGUGGUGGCAAUAACUUGGGCAAUGUCUUUCCAAAAUUAAAAUAUCUAUACAUUGGAGAUUGUGAGAAAUUGGAAUACAUACUUGGACACUACACUCAUGAUCAUCAAAAUCUGCUUAAGAUUGACCUUCAUCUUUGCUCUUUGGAAAGUCUCAGUCUUUGCAAUCUGCCAAGUUUAGUCGCAAUAUGUCCCAAACAAUGUCACAUAACAUUUCCACCUUUGAAAAACUUCGAACUCAAAAACUGCUCGCAGGUUUCUACUGUCAAGUCUAUUAGUGAUUUCAUAACUCAUCAUUCAGUAACAAGAUUUGUCGACAAUACAAUCAUCAAGGAAUUGAGUGUAAAUGUGGAGCAUUUUAUCUCUUUGAAAAGACUCAUGGUAGAAAAUAACUCCAAAGUAGAAAGUAUAUUUUGUCUCAAUGAAGAGAAAAUGAACUUAGGUUUUGAAGACAUUGAUUUGUAUAUUAUGCCUAUGAUGACAUUCCUAUUUGUGGGUCCGAAAAAUUCAUUUUUCCUCCAAAACCUUACAAGAUUAAAAAUCAUGCAUUGUGAAAAAUUGAAAACUGUUUUCUCCACUUCUAUAGUAAGGUGUCUACCACAACUGCUUUUUAUGAGAAUUGAAGAAUGCAAAGAGUUGAAGCAUAUAAUUGAAUAUGAUUUGGAGAACAAAAACUCCUCAAAUUUUAUUUCUACAAAGACAUGCUUCCCAAAGCUUAAAACACUUAUUGUAGUAAAGUGCAAUCAGUUGAAAUAUGUCUUUCCAAUGUCCAUAUGUAAAGAGCUUCCUGAGCUAGAGGUUCUAAUCAUAAGAGAAGCAGAGCUAGAGGAAAUAUUUGUAAGUGAAAAAGAUGAUCAGAAACUGGAGAUUCCAAAUCUAAAACUUGUAGUAUUUGUAAAUCUACCAAGCCUCUGUCAUGUCCAGGGAAUUCAACUCCAAGCUGUAAAACAUCAUUUGGUACAGAAUUGUCAAAAACUAGUUUCAGCAUCUACAGCAGACCUCGGAAAUGAUAUUUAUCGUUUUGAGCUUUGUUACGGUACACACUCUAUCCAAUCUUUCUGA